UACAUAAAACAUAAAUGUUACAUUUUUGUUGCACCUCUCCAAGUGCAAAGCCGAACGAAGACUUCUUGUGGGGAGACUAUCAGGCCCGCGGUGGCGGACGGAGACGACGGCAGCAAUCCAGAGAGAGCAGGGGACAGUGUCGAGCGCCGAGCACCGAGCGUGACCGGAAGGAGUGGGCUCUGGUCACCUACGAUCAAACGAGAUAGCGGAGCUCGAGGAGGCGGAGCCUAUGGCGACGGAGUCGUCAGAGGGAGAAGACGAUAUGAAGCUCACAGGAGGAAAUCAAGUCCUCGCGGUUGAAGAGGACCUCAGAGAAAUGGGAAAAAAGGCCGCCUGGAGCGUCAGCUCGUGCAAACCCGGGAACGGCGUCUCCGCUCUACGCGACGAUAACCUGGAAACUUAUUGGCAAUCUGAUGGCGUUCAACCUCAUUUGGUGAACAUUCAAUUUCAGAAGAAAGUGAAAUUACAGCUGGUUGUUCUCUACGUAGAUUUCAAGCUUGACGAGAGCUACACGCCGAGUAAGAUAUCUAUACGCGCAGGGGACGGCUUCCAUAAUUUGAAGGAAAUUAAAACCGUGGAGCUUGUAAAGCCAACUGGUUGGGUUUAUCUAUCAUUGUCCGGAAAUGAUCCGAAGGAUACUUUCGUGAACACUUUUAUGUUGCAAAUUGCCGUUCUAUCAAAUCACCUGAAUGGCAGGGAUACUCACGUCCGCCAGAUCAAAAUUUAUGGACCUCGACCGAACCCAGUUCCGCAUCAACCAUUUCAAUUUACUUCAAGGGAGUUCAUCACUUAUUCUAUUAUAAGAUGACAGGAGAAAAAAACUCGUGAUGAAUGAUUGGGAAUCAGCAAGUGAGCAAUGCAUGUUCCAACCGUGGAAAAUCGUACGUAUAUUUUGUUUAAAGUUAAAUAGAAUCCUUUUGACCAUAUCAACCUGGAUCUCUUUGGAAAACUUGGAUAGUUUUAUAUUCAGGCAUCAGUAUCGUGUUUAAAUAAUUGCAAUUAGGACCGUGCUUUUAAAAUUUUAGGAGAUUCAAUCUUUUUUUCCCCUUAUCUGUAAUGUAAUGUGUAAUUGUUUGUAAAUAAAACAAACCGUAGCUUCUUUAAUUCUAGGCUUAUAUCAGAAAGUACUAUGGAGAACAAAGAGACUUCACUGCAGUGGAAAUUGCAUUAAAAAAUUUCAGGGUUCCUCCUGAAAAUUAAAUUCAAGUCAUUUUUCCUA